GCUGGUAAUGUGGAAAACUCUUCCAAGGUCUGCACGAAUUUACAUAUGAUAUAUGGCUCGUUGAUUUGGUCUUAGUAUAACGCCUCACGACAUUCUACCACCACCAGUUCCCCGUUUUCGACUUCAACCUCGACCCCCUGAACAAUCCAAGCUACAUAAAUGACCAAGACAAUUCUUAAAGGCAUCAGUCCCGAUGCAGCUCCAAAGACUAUCGGGCCCUAUGUCCAUGCCAUGAUCCAUCAGGAGACUGUGUUCACCACGUGUAUCAUACCUCUCGACCCUAAGACAGACGAGCUUAUCGGAGGUAAAGCGGAGGCUCAGUUCCGACGCAUCUACACCAACCUCAAGAUUGUGCUUGAAGAAGCUAGCUCUUCACUUGAUAGGAUCAUCAAACAGAACAUCUAUCUGACAAACAUGGAAGACUUUUGGGCGUUCAACCGUGUCACAGAAGAAUUCCUCGGUACUCAUCGUCCUGCUAGGGCGACUAUGCAGGUUCUUGCCCUGCCUAAGGGUGCUCCGUGUGGGAUGGAUGUUGUUGCAGCUCUCAACUAGACAUAAUAUUAGCAUAUGCAUCACAG